AUGGCCCUUCUAAAGCAACUUCAGCCCUACUUCCCUUCAAUACACCACACCGUUGUGGAGCCGUGUGAGGAAUUCGUUUCUCAUUACAAACUUCACUCCAUCCUUGAGAAUGUACAGUAUGACUGGCAGCUCAAGACAUUCCAGCAAUACAUGCAGGACCAGGAGUACACUUCCAAUAGUAGAAAAUUCGACUUCAUAAGUGCUGUCAAUUCUCUUUACUACACUGGCAAUUUGAAAGAGACUAUUCGGUUUCUCAUUGAUCGACUAACCGAAUCAGGCUAUCUUUUGGUAAUUGUCUGUUCAGAAAAGGGAGCCGGUUAUCGGAUCAUCGCUAAUUUUCCUGAGCUGCACCCAGCCUUCAAACCGAGUUAUUUCAUCUCUUCGAAGACAGUAUCUGAGGCCAUUGCUGAAAUGGGAGUAACGGCCAAAGUGAAUAGCCUGCGGACCAAUGUAGAUUUCUCAGGUGUGUUUGAUGAAAAUGAUGCUGAUGGCGAUGCUAUCUUGGACCUGUUUACGGGGAUAAUGGAUUACCGAAGAACAGCACCAGAAGCCCUGGUCGAACGUGUUCUUAAAUUCCUUAGACAAGAGAGUACUCCGGAUUCUGAAUCUGGCGAAAUUAAUUUUAUGGACCAUCCUGUGUGUGUAGAAUGGGACACUAUUUUAGUUGAGAAAUCAUACAAGCAAUAUUUGACGACCUAA